AUGUACAGCGAAACCAUAAUUUUAAUCGGCCCAGAAGGGUCUGGCAAGUCUACUGUUGGAAGACUCCUGGCCAAAACGCUAUCGAAAGAGUUGUACAGUCUUGACCGGCAUCGCGACGAACUCUAUGCACCGUACGACUACGAUAAAGACCUUGCCGCGAAAAUUUAUGAGGAAAAGGGAUUAUGGCCGUUUUACCAACACUGGAAAACAUUUGAAUACAAGGCUGUCACACAUAUCUUGCAAAAUGCCCGCCAAGAGGGCGAUGAGUUUUAUGGCAAGAUUCUCGACUUCGGAGCUGGACAUUCGGUGUUUGAGGAUCCCCAAGAGCUGGAAAAUGUCGAGGCAUUGAUUCAACCGUACGAAAAUGUCAUUUUAGUAAUCCCAUGUGACGAUGCGGAAGAAGUAGUGAAGAUAACAGAGGCAAGGAGAGGCCAUGAACUUGGCCUCAACAAGCACUUUGUGGAGCAUCCGAGCAACAAUAGGCUUGCAAAACACAUUAUCUAUACAAAAGACAAGACGGCUGAGGAAUGUGCUGAAAGAGCGCUCAAGAUUAUCAGAAGAGAAAAUGCAGCGUGUCUACCAGCCCUCACAACUACAGACGCUAAUCCAGCAAAAACGGCUUAG